UAUUGCAAAUUUUUUAUUCUAGAUAUUCUAGCAAACAAGGUUCCACUUACUCACUCUGCAUCCCAAGGCUAAACAAAAUUGCCUCCAUCUCUCCCAGCCAGUUCACCAGGAUGGAUGAGGAGCACCUUCAUGACGAGCUGCAUAUCUUUAAAGACAGAAACUUUUUCCAGCAGAAGCUGAGAUCCUUUUUCACGGUAUACUUGCUACUGGCACUCUCCUUCUUGCUGAUCAUCACCCUGUUUGCUGUGUCACUCUCCAGAGUUUCUGCCCUUUCUUCUAAACUCCAUGAGAUGCACCUGGAACGGAAACAGAACCAUUCUGGCAUGGAUUUCCUGUUAUUUCCCUGUGGACCUGGAUCCAGGGAGUGGGAGUACUUUGACAGAAAAUGUUACUACUUCUCCCUGCGUAGAAUGAGCUGGCACAAGGCAAAGGCUCAGUGUGAAGAGAUGCACUCACAACUGGCUAUCAUUGACAGCUACGCCAAGCAGAAUUUUGUCAUGUUCAGGACAAGGAAUGAACGCUUCUGGAUUGGGCUCACAGAUGAGAACUUGGAAGGGGAAUGGGAAUGGAUCGACGGGACUGACUACAAAACCACAUUCACAUUCUGGAAGGAAGGAGAGCCCAACAACAGUGGCAACGAGGACUGUGCCCACCUCUGGAGCUUCGGGCAAUGGAACGAUGUCUACUGCACCUAUGAGUGCUACUACAUCUGUGAAAAGCCUGUGCCCACCUGAACGGUACUGAGCAACGCCAGCAUGCUGCACCCAACCCGAGCUGCGCGUGAAGGCAACAUCCUGUGCUCCGACAACGCGAAUGUUCCUUGCUCUUCUUAAUUUAUGCUAUCCAAGUGUCCAUUUUUUGCUGGUUCCUCUCAGCCAUUGGGAACCACACUGUCCUGAGGAAGGACAGAAAAGGACUUUAACAGUCCUAAGCAACAUCGGAGGAGUCCUGGUUCUCCACAAGGAGCUCAGCUUAAUAAAGGACAAUUAUUGCUCUGGA